UAUUAAACGCAGCGAAAAUAUUCAAAAUCUAGAUGAAAUUGGGUCAAAUCUGUGGUCAAAUCACGGUCAAAUAUUUAUAAAAAUAUAUAAAGCUGGCAACUGCAGAAUGUCAAUGUCAUUUGUUUAAAAAAAAACGCCAUGGCACAAAAUCGGACGCUGUGUUGUAAAGGGGGUUACCCCCGAUGAAUUUUACAACACCUAUGUUUUAUGAAGUUUUAUCGUACCUAGCAUUGUAAGGCAAUUGCCCAAUUAAUGUUUGGAAAAUGUCAGAACUCCAAAAAUUAUUGCUUAAAAAUAUGCCUAUAUUAAGGAAAAAGUCAGUUUCCCACAAAACUUCUGCCACUGACGAAUUUGUGGUCCCAUUUAAGUCGAAUACCAAAAUAUACCUCGAGGAAACAAUAUAUAAAGAUGAAGAGGAAGAUCCGUUGAACGGUGAAUACCCAAAUUUAAUAAUCGUGAAUAAAUAUUUAAAUAAUUUAUUUAACUCUACUAGAACAGUAGCUACUUAUACACUCGAUAAUAAGACUAUACAACUAGAUUCGGACGAAGUAACAAAAGUAGUUGGUAACGAGAAUUAUGACGUUAUUUUGAGAGCGUUGUGUGGAAUUGACGAGAUGAAAGUAAAAAUUCAAGCUAUUUUAGCGCUUCUUACUGAUGGGAAGAGACAUAGAACAGCCGAAAAGUGUUGUCAAACAAUCGUGAGUGAUAUGGAAACAUUUAUUCGUGCUAAAAGUCGCAAAAAGCGGCCGAGUCGGUGUAAAGCGUAUGUAAUAGAUGAUAAAGAAGCAUUAAACUAUCCGCAGACGACAGCCAAGAAACCCAAAGUGGUACAAAAAACUCAAGUGAGAAAAAACAGUUCAGAUAACUUGUUGGACUUAAAAUUAAUCGUAGACGAAGAUAGUAACAUAUCUGACGCUAGCGUUGGCAAUCUAUCUAUGAUAAGUUGUCAGAUACCGCACAUUUUGGAGAAUCCAACGUUUAUAUUACAGAAUAUAGAUAAAUACACACAAGAGAGUAUAAAAAACGAGCAUCAAAGUGUACUUAAGUUGGUUGAUGGUAGUACGGUGGUGUUACAAGAAAAGCCGGAGGAUUUUUUCCAUAUAGCGACUGCAAAUACAUUACGAGGGUUGUCGGUGGAGGAUAAAAAGCGAGUGUUAUUGCACCAAGCAUAUAUAGAUUGGAAGUAUUGCUUGCAACCGGAUCAAGAAGGUAAUUUGCCUCUCCACAUAGCUGUUAUGAACAAUGAUGUCGAGUUACUAAAAAGACAUUGCGCCUUGUUGAAAAGUCGAAACGCGUCUAUUGAUGUUAUUGGAGGAGCGUCUAUGACUCCCCUCCAACUAUCGAUAUUCAAGGACGCGCCGGCAUGCACAUCACUACUGUUACAAUAUGGCGCCGAUGUAUUACUACAGGACGAUCAAGCGAGAACUCUGCUACAUUUAGCCGCAGACACAAGUGUACAAUGUGUGCAAGUUAUAUUAGAUUAUUGUAAAGGGAACGCUAGAAAGAUACUUCAAGACGAAGAGGAAUUGUGGAGACCGGAUUUGGAAGAAAAAUCUGACCUAGAGCUGGCUGCAUACUUGUUGAAUAAGAUGGGAGAAAUGUGCAACGAUGCUGGUUACACACCCCUCAUGAUAGCCAGCAUGAAGGGAGACCAGACAAUAGUUGCCACACUACUGCAAGCAGCUCCGCACAGUAUAAACGUUCAAAUGCCAACGUGUGGCAACACUGCGUUGUAUAUAGCUGUCAGGACUGCGUUCACUGAGGCUGAAUUAUCUGGCAACAGGAAUAAAAUAGCGCCAAAUUACCUAGAAAUAAUAGAAACACUACACAAAUAUGGCGCCGAUCCUCUAAUAACUAACGAUUCAGGGAACAGUGUUGCUACACUCACAGCAGACUUCAAGAUAAACGAUCUCUCACAAGCGAUCGCGAAUAAAUUAUUAACGGGAACAAAUGUCAAGAAAAGUUUCGAAGACUACAUCCUAGUUAAAGAUCAGCAAGGUGAAAUUAAUGUCGAAUCGCUAUCCGUGAAAAAAAGAAAUAAAAAUGGCGGCGAAAAGUCUAAAAGUGAAGCUAAAGAUGAAAAGAAUAAAACGAGUUCGAAAAAAGUUAUUUUUUUCAAUGUGUCCGCGAAAGGGAAGCGGAAAAAAUCAGGGAAGAAUGUUCAAAAUUCAAAUGUAUCGGAAUCAGAAAAAAAAAUCGUGGAGAAAAAUGAAGAUAAUCAAGAAAAAACGUUGAUAGAAAAACAUACGCCUGUCAUAAUUACUAAAUCAAAUGUAUUGCCAGUUAAAAUAACAACCACAGAUAGUAUAAAUUCAAAAUCUACAGAUAAUGUAAUUACAAAUAAAAAUGUCGAUAAAAAUCCGUUAAAAAUAAACAUUUUGGAUACUAAAAGUUUGUCAGGUUUUAAAGUUGUGGACAAUAAAAGUAUUAGUACAAAAACGCCUGUUAUUAUUAAAAAAAGUAACCAAAUAAUUCAAAUAUUAAAUGAUAAUAUAACAGCUCUAAAUAAAAUAAACGCAGAUUUAAAGAAAACAAUUAAAAUAAGUCCAUCGGAUGUUUUGAAAUUAAAAAAUGGCGGUCCUUCAGACACGUCCAUACCGCGUUUUAUAAAAAUAAUUGCGCCAAGUAACAAAAAAAUUACAGUCGCAAAAGAAAUAAACUCUAUUCCAAGUAUUUCUACAAGUAAAAUUUCCACGAACGUCAUUAAAAGUGGCGCGAAAAUUAUUACAGAUAAUAUAAAAAUCAUAGACAAGAAACAAAAUAAUGAUACAGAUAACGUAGCAAAUGAAAAUGCGAGCAUAAUAACGCAUAAUAAUUUAAAGAGAUCUGCUGAUGAUAUAAUUUUACAGUUUAAGAAAAAACGAGAUUAAAUAUCUUAAAAUAUUACAAUGAUUUUCAGAACA